AUGCCUGUUAUCAAGCCCUUGGCCGGGUCGCCCGAUGCGCCCGCCACGCACAAGCAGCCCUCGAGAAAGGGAAAGAAGGCCUGGAGGAAGAAUGUCGAUGUCACCGAGGUGCAGAAGGGUCUCGAGGACCUCAAUGAAGAGAUAAUCAAGGGUGGUGUCGUGGCAGAACGCCCGUCCGAUGCACUCUUCACCCUCGAUACGGUUGGCGAUGCUGCCAUCCCCAAGAAGUUCCCCAAGCACACCGCCAAGAAGCUCAAGUCCGACGAGAUCCUCUCGCUCCGGUCCGCCGUCCCCGCCAUUGACUCGCGGAAGCGGACUGGAGACAAGACUACCGACGGCAUCGUCCCCGGGAAACGACAGCGCACGGGUUACGUCACCCAGAAGGAGCUUUCGCGCCUGCGCAAGGUCGCUGACGGACAGACCGAGACCACCGUCGAGUUCACAGAUACCGUCUAUGACCCCUGGGGUGCCGAAGCCGCGCCCAAGCAGCCCGAAGGAAAGGUCUACGAUUUCAGAGACGACGAGAGGAGAGCGCCCAAGUCCUUCGCCCAGAAGCCCAUCUCGCUCGCAGCCACGGGCAAGACAGUGCCGGCCGUAGCCAAGCCCACCGGUGGUUACAGUUACAACCCUGCCUACAACGACUACGAGGCUCGCCUGCUGGAAGAGUCCAACAAGGCCAUCGAGGCAGAAAAGGCGCGCCUCGCGGAAGAGGAGAAAGAGCGCCUCAAGAUGGAGGCCGCCGCCAGAUCGGCCGCCGAGGCCGAGGCUGCCGAGGCCCGUGCCGAAUUGUCGGAAUGGGACGAGGACUCGGAGUGGGAGGGCGUGCAGAGUGGCGGCGAGGAGCUGAAGGUUUCAGCCAAGAGGCCGGGCAGGAAGACGCAGGCCCAGCGGAACAGGAUAAACAGGCGCAAGGAGGAAGAGCGACGAUUAAAGCACGAGCAGAAGACAAAGGUCAGAAAGGCGCAGCUAGAGCAGAUCAAGCAGCUGGCCAAGGAGGCGGUCGAGAGAGAGCAGGCCCGAGCACUGCUACAAGCUGAGGAUGACAGCGGCACCGAGGAGGCUACGGACGAUGUCCUGAGGAGGAAGCGACUGGGCAAGCUCAAGCUGCCGGAGAAGGACCUCGAGCUGGUGCUCCCCGACGAGCUGCAAGAUUCACUGCGGUUACUGAGACCAGAGGGCAACCUCCUGAAGGACCGGUAUCGGAGUAUGCUGGUGCGCGGCAGGAUGGAGGCGCGCAGGAGAGUGCCCUUCAGGAAACAGGCCAGGACUAAGCUCACCGAGAAGUGGACUUACAAGGAUUUCAGGAUAUAG